AUGGCCGAUGAGGACGUUGCCGCUUUGGUUAUAGACAAUGGCUCGGGUAUGUGCAAGGCCGGUUUCGCCGGAGACGAUGCUCCUCGUGCAGUGUUUCCUUCCAUCGUUGGCCGUCCAAGGCAUCAGGGUGUGAUGGUUGGUAUGGGUCAGAAAGACUCGUACGUCGGUGACGAAGCUCAAAGCAAGAGAGGUAUUCUGACUCUCAAAUAUCCCAUCGAACACGGCAUUGUAACAAACUGGGAUGACAUGGAAAAGGUGAGUACUUUAUGCGAUGGUUAAAUGAUCUCAGUGGAACAUCGAGUCACGAUGAAUUUCCUUAUUUCAGAUCUGGCAUCACACCUUCUACAACGAGCUUCGUGUAGCUCCUGAGGAACACCCAGUUCUGCUGACUGAAGCUCCUCUCAACCCAAAAGCCAACAGAGAAAAAAUGACACAGGUAAACAGCACGCUGUUGCGUGGCUUAGUCUCAUUAAAAAAAAGUCUGAGUUCUAGCAUUACAAAUAAAUGUUUCACGGACGGUCCGUUAUGAAAAAGUCCAGCCAUAAAUAUAAAUCGCGUGGUCUCCCAUUCCAACGCUUUCUAAGCGAAAUGUAUCUCUCCAACUCUAACUAUUGUGUCAUGAGAAAACAAUUGAAAUAAUAAUUGACUUAACGAGUGAAGCUUUUUUAUUUGUCAGGGAUAAAAUUGCCAUUUAUUCUGAAAUUUAGUGAAUGAAGUAAAAUUCAAAAAAAUGUAUUUCAUCUGUUACUUUGUUCUGUAUGCAAUUACAUAAAACCUACAAGACGUUAUUUAAAUUGGCGCGGUUUAAAACCUAGCACAAAUUUGCAUGUGGGUAUGUUAAAACUUUAUUUUAUAUCCUUUCUUCACAACCAAAUUCUUCCAUCAAAUUUUAUCGCGCUGUAUUAAACCAAAACAAAAAUGAAAAUUUAAAUUUGCCGUUAAAGAUUUUCAAAUUUCUUUGUUUUGAGAAAAACAGCGUCCGGGUGACUGCUCGGUCAUAUCUGACUCGUCUUAAUGCCUAUAUUUGGUAAAGAAACGCUCCAAUUGGUCAGAAUUGGAGAGUUUGAAACAGAACUUUUAAGUAGUCUUUUGCCAAAAUCUGAAUAAUUAACAACAGGUGGAAUUAAUUGAAAAUAUUCCAUGGUUCUUUUUGUGUUUAACAUAGCUUCACAAUUUUUAUUUUAUUUUCUCGGAUUGGAAUUUUUUGGGGGGAAUUUUCGUUCCACGAUAGCUACCACAACAUUCGCCAAGAAAUCGAUCUUCGUCAAGCAUCAUUUUCAGAUUGCGCUUCGAAGGCCGGGUCCCUGUUAAUUGUAUGCUGACUGAAUGACCACGCGAAAAUAUACUAAAAACCAGCUCGCAAAAUACAACUUACAACAUGAAAUCAGAUUUAAAUACCAAUCAGCCUUUCAGCGCUGUGACCGUUCAUAUUGUAAUCUAAAAUUGGUCUGCUCCCGUGAAACGGAAACUGCUCGAUUUUUCGAUGGCAAACUGGGUUUAGACUACCGACCGAUCACAUGGUACCUGACGAAUUUGUUGACAGGUUCAAAACUUUGACCGGACAUUUUGUUCACACUGAACCGGCCAGCAUUUUUGCUUUGUUUAUGUGGAACAGACGAACCUGGCUGAAUUUUACCUUUUUCAAUGGCUUUUCCAUCUGCCAAUGCGCAAAGCGCGACCACGAAUUUUCCUUCCUCUUUCUAAACUUAAGUGCAGUCUCUAAAAAAUCAACUCCAGGGAAAUUCGCUUACAUUUAACAAUUACAUCGAAUUGAAAUAAACGCUCCUUAGUCUGAAAAAACGCGAAUUCAUUUUAAAAGUGACGUUUUCGCUGCUGUCGCCGUCGUCGACGCUAAAGCUCCCUAAGAUUCUUGAUGAGGCUUUUUACAAAGUUUUUCAUGACAAUAGCAUUACGUCAGGCGUACGCAUAGCUCAAUUAUCUUUUUCAUUAAAUCCUUCACUAGAGAAUUUCUAUAAGUAAAAUAAAAAAUUAAGCAAUACUAGUAAACUACUACCUAGCAAAAAGAUUUUUUUGAUAAAGCCUAAGUGUUUUGCAAAAAAGAAGACACACAUUUCUAGGGUACUAAACUCCAAAAUAUUACAUAGUCAUUUGAUUUACUUCUAACGAGGUGAUUUUCUUUCUCAAAAGAUUAUGUUCGAAACCUUCAAUACACCAGCUAUGUACGUCGCCAUCCAAGCUGUGCUGUCGCUUUACGCUUCUGGUCGAACAACAGGAAUUGUCAUGGACAGCGGUGAUGGUGUGAGUCACACGGUUCCCAUCUACGAGGGAUACGCUCUUCCCCAUGCCAUCAUUCGUCUCGACUUGGCCGGCAGGGACUUGACCGACUACCUGAUGAAGAUUCUGACCGAGCGUGGCUACUCCUUCACCACCACUGCCGAGCGCGAGAUCGUGCGUGACAUCAAAGAAAAACUGUGCUAUGUUGCUCUUGACUUUGAGCAAGAAAUGGCUACCGCUGCAUCCAGUUCCAGCUUGGAAAAGAGCUACGAGCUUCCUGAUGGGCAGGUCAUCACCAUCGGUAACGAAAGAUUCCGUGCACCAGAGGCCAUGUUCCAGCCGUCCUUCCUUGGAAUGGAAGCUGCAGGCAUCCACGAGACCACAUAUAACUCGAUCAUGAAGUGUGAUGUGGACAUCCGUAAGGAUCUGUACGCUAACACAGUUUUGUCUGGCGGCUCCACAAUGUAUCCAGGAAUCGCCGACAGAAUGCAAAAGGAAAUCACAGCCCUCGCCCCACCCACAAUGAAGAUCAAGAUCAUUGCUCCUCCCGAGCGUAAAUACUCUGUAUGGAUCGGAGGAUCGAUCUUGGCCUCGCUGUCCACAUUCCAACAGAUGUGGAUAUCCAAACAAGAAUAUGACGAAUCUGGCCCAUCAAUUGUUCACCGUAAAUGCUUUUAAUCAUCAAAUGAAACUUUGGCUGUUAGUGUUAAUCUUUAUUCUAUUUUUGUAGAUGUGGUGCUGUUCACAAUAAAAACUUUGUUAACAUAAAAUGUAUGCUUGAGGAUAAUUUAUGAGCUGCAGAUAAUAGAUGGAGAGUACUUUAAACUGACUCAAACUCGAGCGCAGUUGACUUAUUCAGUGCAUAUCUUUCAGUUACCACUGACCAUUUUUGUGCCGAGAAAGAUUGUUAGCAAAUGUAAGUUUACUUUAAAUAAACGUCGAAGGACUUUUAUCGAAAACCUACAACAGGCUUCUUCCUUCAGUGUGGUUCUGAGGGCGUUACCUCUUUUCAAGAACGCUUAAGCAACCUCAUUCCCUGGCUUCCGCCUUUGAAACUUAGAGCAAAGGGGAAGGGCUUAAUAGACUCUUCAAAAGCGGCGGCCAUGUGAUGGCCCGGUAGAACCAAAAACCUUAAGUUUGUUUUUAAAACAGUCUUCAUACGUACAUAAGACUGGACUUGCAAGAUGUAUGGCGACUGUGCAUAGUGAAGUAGCCGUGUGAUGAAGGUCUGUAAGCUUGAAAGUUAGCAGUAUAGCCUUACGGUGAAUUUCAACUGCCGCGUAAUUUUUACGCGCGUAAAUAAAAUAGGGACAAUGUAUGGAAAGGUCACGUGUAACCGUAAAAGUUGAACCUCGCUCAUCUUUUACGUUCACGCGCGGCUUUCACACAUUGCCUCUAUUUGAUUUACGCACGUAAUGUCAUAGGUGAAGAAUUACUCCUUAAUUUUGGCGCGAAAUUUCAGAGUUAAUUUGUAAUUUCACAUGUGAAAUUACAAAAUUGCCAUGGCAACCCUCCGUACGUCUCAGUGUCAAAAUGGCGACGAAGUUUUAAAAUGCCGUGAAUGAAGAUACCAAGGUACAAAAAGACGCUUUAGAAGACCUGAACACACGAAAGAGCAAGAGGUAAAAGAGGUAUUUUGUCUAGAAAUUGUGAAAAUUCUGAACUUGAGCCAAAUUUAAGGUCUAAACCUUUAGGGAGUGGAGGCUCGAUCGAUACGAUCCAGGAUAAACAAGUCAAAAAUUCACGAUUGCUAACGUAAUUCGUCACCAAUGAUAUUAAUAAGGAAUCAAUUGAUUACACAUACUAAAUUUUACGCGCGUUCGCACGGAAAAAUUACGCGACACUGGAAAUCAACCCAAAGACGGAAAAAAGCAAUAUUUGCCGGUCACAUUUCGCUAUGCCUGGUUUCCCCGCGAAAUAACGUCUGAGGAACCGGGCUGCAGAAAGUCCAUCUUGUAGUGCUUCUGAUAGGUUGAAGCAUAUUUGCGGCAUGGCACAACCAAUCAGAAACUCCACCCAGAUCUGGGUACAUAAGUGACACGUCAUCAGUAUGGAAUUUCUGCGCUCGUUCCUUAGAGGUCAUUUCGUGGAGCAACCAGUCGCCUCCCAAUUCACUCGGUUAGGUGGCGGUUCGGCACUGUUUGAAGUUUGAUAAAUUUUGUGACACUGAGCCCUUCAAUGCAGGUGUACACAGGACCGAGCAACUUCCAUGUACAUGUACUCAUGUAACGGCGUUUUCUCCGACCAGCCUCACAAACCAGUCAACAAAACAUACAGACCCAAUAUUUAUUUUGGACGUUUUUUUUUUUCAUCUCAUAUACCUCACAAAGGAAGCGGAGCUUCCACUUUCGUGGGAAAAAGUGUUCUAAAAUGAAUCUCAAGAUAUACCCGUCCGUGAAAAUGCCGUGACAGCCCUAGUAUGGCGUUACUCGCUCCCGGGGUUAUAAAUGUACAUAGCUAUUCUAUCACAUGACCAGGAGGCGGAGAUCCCAUAAGAUAGCACGGCGCUUGCGCAAUCCAUUGGACGAUUAACGCGACGAAGGCAUCUUUUUCCAUCGGAGCUGUUUUCUUUUUCGUAUUCAAGGUCAAUUCUGUUCUGUCGUUUUAAUCCAAACAAGUAAUUCGUAAGAUGUUCGGAAAUCGUUAGAUCAUCGAUUGAUGUCUUCCGUAGUCUUUGGACUACUUCGUAAAACCUUCGGAAGUCGAAUUUUUUGCUAAGGUUGUCAACUAGAACUUUUUUUUUUCAUUUAUAGAUAAACCUGGCCUGUUCGCGGAAUUAUUGUCAAGUGCGAUGAACUGCUGCUCCGCUACUUACGUUGUCUCCGCAGCAAAAGAAGUGAUAAUAAAUGACGAAAAAGAAACAAUUUUGACCUUAAAAGGAAAAUGCAUUUCUGCCUGUUAAAAAAUCAUUUGUAAACACAUUUUCGGUAUAUGAACGUCAUUAACGAAACAGUACGUUGUUGAUCUUUAAAGUAGCCUGCAUAAGAGACGAUAACUAUAAAAAAGAGUGGGGGGUUUCAGGUCUUUAAAAUAAUUAUCUAAAAUAAAAAAUAACCCAAAACAUAAUAGUGUAGAAAGUUUCUUUAAAAUAACCUGACCGUCAGAAACAAGCGACACUUGGACUCGUUCAACGUACACCAGUGCUCAGAAUGAGCAUUUAAAUACAAGCAGGUGACUUUUAGUCAUUUGGAAUAAAAAGUCGUAAAUUAAGCUUGGUCACAAUUGAAGGGGAAGUUUUUGAAACGAUUCUUCACCAAACACACAACAAAGACCUGCUCGAUCACAAUUAUGAUAGCUGUUACUUACUUUACCGCCCAUUGGGCUGAAAAAAUCAGUUCAAAACAUGUCCAUAUUUGGUCAGGAGAUUGGCCCUAUUCUUGAAAAAAGCUGUGUAAUAAUAUUCAAAACGAAGUACAAGCUAGAAAAAUAUAUUAAACGCGAACAAUCACAAAUUGUUCGCUUCAACUGUAAACAUUGGGCAAACACGUUACUUUGGUUUGGUCAUUUCUAUAAACAAACUUGAGCGAGUAACGCGCAAAAAUAACGUCUAUUGUGAGCCAAUCAGUUAAGAGCACGGAUUUCGGCCGAUUAUUUAAACCGUGCCACAGCGAGGGCAUUUAUACAUUACGCUUUACCCAUCGUGAUAAAUUCUAGCUAAUCUCGCGCAAAACUUCCAAUUUAAAAUGGCCGAUGAGGACGUUGCCGCUUUGGUUAUAGACAAUGGCUCCGGUAUGUGCAAGGCCGGUUUCGCCGGAGACGAUGCUCCUCGUGCAGUGUUUCCCUCCAUAGUUGGCCGUCCAAGGCAUCAGGGUGUGAUGGUUGGAAUGGGUCAGAAAGACUCUUACGUCGGCGACGAAGCUCAGAGCAAGAGAGGUAUUCUGACUCUCAAAUAUCCCAUCGAACACGGCAUUGUAACAAACUGGGAUGACAUGGAAAAAGUAAGUUAAUCUCUUGGUGCAAACACUGAAUAAGAAUAUUUUUAAAACCUAAGAUUUCCUUGGAUUUCAGAUCUGGCAUCACACCUUCUACAACGAGCUGCGUGUAGCUCCCGAGGAACACCCAGUUCUGCUGACAGAAGCGCCUCUCAACCCAAAAGCAAACAGAGAAAAAAUGACACAGGUAUAUAUAAAUGUUGCCUUAAACGUAUCUGCCUUGUCUAAUUAUGAUCUCUUACCAGUUAAGGGCUGUUUUAUAAUGAUUCUAACUGAAGUCUUCUGUCAUACUUAAAAAAACUAGCCAAGUAAAAAACUAAUAUUGCCUUUAUCAAUACACUACACACGUAUGCUAAAAAAGUAGUCCUUUUUCAGGAAACGGAAAUCGGUAUUCUGCGGCCGAUAAGUAGAUCGAAAUUGUUUUUUACGUGUAAUGAUUAGAAAAGAGAUACAUACGUGGGGUGAACAUUAGUAGGAACGCGAAGAUUUGAGAUACAUGAUGCUUUAAUUCUCUCCAAUGAAUAACCCACGCGCGACCGCGUGGUUGAAUUCACUCAGAAAGGUAGCAUAUUGUUUAAUACUAAAGAAAGUAUACAAUGCCUUGUUUUCGUUUUGCAAGAUGAUGUUAACAUGCUAAUGAAUGUUUUACUAAGUAAAUGCAACGAAAAAGACCUUGUUUCCACAUAUGGUCAUGUCAAGUAAUGAUUGGUCAGAUAAACAAAGCAAACCGUAAGAAGUCCGCCAGUAGCCCGCGGCGAAGUUACGAUUUAGAAUUCGGUGCAAAAUACACUGAACAGAAAAACCGAUGUUCGAAACUUGAGGAAAUUUCUGCCUAAUUUUGCCAACUUCGGCAUGGUUAUUAGAUGUCCAUGAAAAUGCUUAGUGCUAAAUGUAGUUUACAAUUAUAUGUCUUUUUCCAUGCAUUGUAAUGUACAUUUUUUCUCAAACUUGGAAAAUCAAACCGAUCGUACAAAAAGCUAGAAGGUGUUCUCCAAGACUUCUGUGCAAUUUUGCAGAAAUAUUGACUUUUAAUUAGACUUGGGCUAAACGAGCGUGAUGUCCGUUGUCACUAACAUCGCACAUUGUGCAGACUAGAGUCUUAAGUUUAAAAGAGACGGCUCGACACAAGAAAAGAAACGUUGGACCAUUUCACACUCAAUAAUUUAUUUCAUCAGAAUAAAGCCUGUUUAACAUAUUAUGUUAUAGAAUACGAUCGGCGACCGAUCUGCGUCAUAUCGCAGUCAUAUUCUCUGGAUCGGGUCCAACAAAAAAGGCAUGUUUGCGAUCGCUUACAUACGAGACAUCGACCAUGCAUCCCCCUAACUUAAAUAUGGGAGUCCGUCCUUGGGCUUGUGAUCAUGUCGCAAAAUGUUCCAGACGGUUACAGAUUUAAUAUAUUGAAACCAAGCUUCUUUUAUUCUUAAACAGAUCAUGUUCGAGACCUUUAACACACCAGCUAUGUACGUGGCCAUUCAGGCUGUGCUGUCUCUGUACGCUUCUGGUCGAACAACUGGCAUCGUUAUGGACAGCGGUGAUGGUGUAACGCACACAGUUCCCAUCUACGAGGGUUAUGCUCUUCCCCAUGCUAUCCUUCGUCUCGACUUGGCUGGCAGGGACUUGACCGACUACCUGAUGAAGAUUCUGACCGAACGUGGCUACUCCUUCACCACCACUGCCGAGCGUGAGAUCGUGCGUGACAUCAAAGAAAAGCUGUGCUAUGUUGCCUUGGACUUCGAACAAGAAAUGCAAACUGCCGCAACAAGUUCCAGUUUGGAGAAGAGCUACGAGCUUCCCGAUGGACAGGUCAUCACCAUUGGAAACGAGAGAUUCAGAUGUCCUGAAGCCAUGUUCCAGCCUUCAUUCCUUGGAAUGGAAUCUGCCGGCAUCCACGAGACCACAUAUAACUCAAUAAUGAAGUGCGAUGUGGACAUCCGUAAGGAUCUGUACGCUAACACAGUGUUGUCCGGUGGCUCCACCAUGUUCCCUGGAAUCGCUGACAGAAUGCAGAAGGAAAUAACUGCUCUGGCCCCGCCAACAAUGAAGAUCAAGAUCAUUGCUCCUCCUGAGCGUAAAUACUCUGUAUGGAUUGGAGGAUCGAUCUUGGCCUCUCUGUCCACCUUCCAACAGAUGUGGAUCUCCAAACAAGAAUAUGAUGAAUCUGGUCCAUCAAUUGUUCAUCGUAAAUGCUUCUAA